AUGAAGUUCGGCGUGAGAGACCAGCGGGUCGCGGCCGAAAGCGACGACGAGGUUGUGGCCACCUACAACGUUUAUGCGUCACCUUUGCUGCAGCACCAACUGCACAUCUUUCAGUUCCCAAUGAGGCGUAAAAUACGGCCAUAUGAAGCAGAUGAUGUGCAACUCUUUGCGACAGAGGGAGUCGCCAAUGUCGGAAAAGACGCCGCAUUGCCGUCUUUAUCCUCUGCUACGCCUUGUGCCUUAGGGGCAACAGCAACAACGACGGCGGCAGAGGCGACAUCCUCAGUGUCUAUUUUGUCUCCCUCAUCAAGGCUGACGAUGCACUGCCGCCUUGACACGUUUGGUUCCAGCUCCUUCGUGGAACCACCACAGCAGCAUCAGCAGCAGCAGCAGAUGCCGCAGGCGGACGAUGGACUACGCAAGGGUGAUCAGCGGCGGAGACACUCCUACCACUACGCGCUGCAGUCUCAUCCCUUCCAGCCUCGUUGUGAUUAUGCAGUCGGGUUUAUUGUCGAUGGAGCAAUUCAUCUUACGCCCGCCAGUACCAUUCAACAGUUCACACCUAUUGUCAAACCAACGACGUUUAACGCUGCCCAUUGCGUGUGUGAGGGAUUUACAAGUGUGCUAUCUAUGCCGAUUGUUCCCGGCCUUGCUAUUUCCGACCGCGUCAAUCGCGAGAUGUUGCGCCAGCGCAGCGUCAUGUUGAACACGGACGCAGCGACGGCGAGGGAGUUGCAGUACUUCCCCAUUGGCUCCGUGGAAAGUAUGGCCAUGCGUCGUCGGUUGUGGUCAUCCACCUAUGAAGUUUCCUCCAUCCUCCACACUGCGGGGGGUCAGCGACCAAGCGCGCGCACGGAGGACAGCCUGUUCCCACCAGAACUUCUCAUUUCAGGUGGAAUCUCCGGUGGUGAAGAUGCGGCUGCUGUUGGAACCUUACUGCGACGCUACGCGCACCGUUACGGUGUGUUGGACCAAGUCCUGGUGCUGCUGCAGCGUUGUCAGGUCUUGACACUUGCGGAGCUGCGUGUGUUGGUGGUUCCGCCGGAUCGCACUCUCGUUGCAUCACCCCUCACGUCACGUCAACAGCAGCACGACGGUGUGACAGAUAAACAACUUCUGGAGGCACUGAGGGAGGGCGCCGUGUGGAUUCACGGGGUGUGGGUGUCAAAGACGGCCUCUCGCUUUAAAGGCACCGUCGCCGCCCUGCGUGAGGUGAUUCUUCUGCAUUUCUUUGAAAGCAGUGAUGCAUCCUUGGCCAGAGCCAAGCUGAACAAGAUUGUGAAUGGCGCCGCAUUGCGAAGGAAUGUGAAGGAGAUAUUAGAAAGCAUUGCAGUGCUGAAUAGCGAUGAGCCUGACCCUACCCAGCGGAUGUGGCGCUUAAGGCACGUUCCAGCUGACACGGAUCUACGGGAGGCCAUGUUGCAGGCUGCGCAAAACGCCUACCCGCAGGAGGUCACAUUUCAACGCAUGCAGUGGGAGAAAUUUAAGCCCUAUAUCAUGGCUCACAUAAAUGUGAUUAACGCCGGCAUGCCGGUGUCCCGACUGCUUUUGGCGACACCAAGACAUGAGACAGGUGUGGAGGCAACCAACUUAACUGGUGCGGCGGUGGCAGCGGCAAGUGGGGCUUCUUCUUCCUUCAAAGAUGAUGAGCUCGCACCGAUCUUGGCGUACAUUCGACGCCUCUUUCUAGAGCACGGCGUGCUGAACAAGCAGCGGGCGAAGGAGUUAGUCAUGAAGGGCAGACAACAGCAUUACCCAGACGCGACGAACCCAAUGCUGAGUGCAGCUCUGCAGAGGUGUGUGCAAACAUUUACAAAUGCCACUUGGGUGCUGAAAGUACUUGGCGAACCAAAGGUUGAUCGCUACAGACCGUUGAUUCUUGAGACAGCAGUGGAGCUUGUGAAUUUUGAGACACGCGCCUUCCAUGCAUUGCUUGAGGAAAAGCGACAGCGACAGUUGGCGGGUGAGGGGGAAGAAGCUGGUGGAAAUGAUGUGGAAAGUGAGGAAUUGCAGCGGAUUGUUUCGCGUGUGCUGUCAGAGGUGGCAGUCUACAAACAGCACGAGAGGCUCUGGCAUCUAAAGAGUGGAAAUAUGAUGGAGUAG